CUGCCCACGAACCGCUGCGCAGCUCCGCCGGCGCCAGGCCGACCGGCGCCAACUCCCGGGCACCGCGCCGGUGGCAUUCUCCGCCCCGGGCACUUUCACCUCUCAUCGGUCCUGGCCGGGCCGGGCUGACCUUCGCGCUCUCAGCGGAAGAUACGUGAGGCAGUUCGUCGCCCUUCUCCGGCGCGGCACGACGCGGCGCGAGCGGAGCGGCCGGGAUAUACACCGGCGCAGCGCGCGCGUACGGCCCUGGCGCGCUGGCCGGGAGCCCAGAGGCAGGGCGGGGGUGUGUGGGAAGUGUUCAGUUCCGUGUGCGGUAUCCGGGAGAGUUUCAGCGGCCCGGUCCCACACAGGCGGCAGGCUGGACGGCCAGUCUGGAGCCGCGAUCCGACAGCACGGCACCGUUCUCAAUGAGUUUCCGGCGGUCGAGGUCAGCUCCCGGACUGACCACAUGACUCGUGAACCAGUUCCCGAACUGGCCACGUGACCCGAUGCACAGUGACGAGACCUGAGCUGAGCGGGCGACCUCCGUCAGCCGGACCAUGGCUCUGCGCACCGGCCGGGUGCUGAGGGUCUCCACCCUGCUGACCCUGCUGACGGCAGCGCUGAUGCUGCUCAUGCUCAUCUGGAGCAAGUCGCUGAACACGCUGCCGAAACGCUCCACUCAGGAAGCCCUGGUCAGCGGCGGUGUGCGGUGGUCGGUGCACGCCCCAGACACACGGCGGGCGGCCACUUCAGCCCGUCCCUCCCUCUCCACGAACGGCUCCGUCCCGACCGAGUACCGGCGCCGACAGCUGGCGGUGGCCGUGCAGCAGCUGCAGCGGCAGGUCGGCCAGCUGCGCCGCGAGGGACGGUCGGCAGCCUUCACCGGCCGCCCAGUGGCAGCGGCCGACGCCCGCCAGCUGCUGCUGCUCUCCAGCUGGCGCAGCGGCAGCUCGUUCGUCGGGAAGCUGCUGGCCUCGCAGCCGCUCGCCUUCUACCUGUUCGAGCCGCUCAAGUGGCUGGCCAGCGGCGGCAGUCAGGUGCCGCCCGAGCGGCGGGCUCAGGCGCUGCGUGACGCGCUGCGCUGUAACUUCAGCGCGCUCUCGCAGCCCGGCGCUCUGGUGUUCACUGUCCGGAGUCCUGUGGCGGACGCCGUCUGUGCGCGCCUGCCCGACGGCUGUCGCAGCCGCGAGCUGCUGGAGCAGAUCUGCGCCCUCCACCCGGUCCGGGUCCUCAAGACAGUCCGCGCGCGCGUCCACUACUUGGAGGAGCUGGUGCGGUCCUCCCCGCGUCUGACGCUGGUUCUGUUGGUGCGGGACCCGCGCGCGGUGGUGCACUCUCGGCGGCACAGCGCCUGGUGUCGGCGCAAGUGCGGCUCUGUGCCGCUGCUCUGUCAGUGGAUGUCGGAGUCGCUCCGGGGGGCGGCGCAGCUGGAGCGGCAGCUGCCCGGUCGGGUGGUGACGACACGGUACGAGGACCUCACUCUGGACGUGUCCGGGGGCGCGCGCAGGCUGUUCAACUCCCUCCAGAUACCUCUGACGACUCGCACCGUCCAGUUCCUCAUGGAGCACACCGGUCAGCCGCAGCAGGUGGCCGCCGAGCUGCUGGGGACACAGCCUCGGCACCUUCCACUGCAGGCCAUCAGCCAGAGCCGGCUGCAGAAGGAGCGUCGCAACCAGUACAGCACGUUCAGGAACAGCAGCGCGGCCGCGCAGGACUGGCGGAGGACGAUGGCCUACCAGCGGGUGACGGCCGUGCAGACGGAGUGUACCGAGGCGCUGAGGCUGAUCGGGUACAGGGUAUUCAGCAGCCAGUCGGAGCUCAGGAACCUCAGCGUGACGCUGGAGACGGCGGCGUGACCGCGGCUAUGCGGCCAGAUUAGUGUCGCAGAUAUGGGAGCUUACAGACGGUGGAGUGUGGAUGCUUUUAAUGGUCGUCAUACCUCGUGAACGACCAAUCCCUCUCUGUGAGAGGCAAAUUGCAUGCAUGCAUUUGAUCAUGCACGUUUACCCAUAUUUUGUCUAAGACGUUUGAAUAGUGAUCUGUGCGCUACUCUAAUAACGAGAGAUACCCGAGGCAGGUUUCGUUUACUUUUUUUUGCCCUGAAUUUUUCUAUGAACGUUCGGCCCGUUUACUGUCAACGGCACACACAUGCGUACUAUUUGUCAGCUCCAUUGUCAUCCAUUCACUUUUAGUUAUUUUUAACCAUUUACCAUAUUAUGGUAUGGUAUGGUAGAUCGAAAUACUCAGUAGUUACUCAGUAGAUCCACUGAAUACAGAUUUUUUCUAACUGUAGUGCCUUCAUGCACGGCACGUGACUCAAGAGCCGACAACCCUACCCUGCGUCAAGAAUGAUAUAUUACUUUCUCAUCCAUGCCUGCAUUAUAUUCUCAGUGAGAAUAAGACGGUAUAUUUAGUGUAGGUACUAUAAAAAGGAUAGUGUGUUGGUCCGGAGAUUGUCAAAUUUAACUUCAAGUAACUUCAAAGUUACUCUUUGUGUUUUUUUUUUUUUACUUUUACACCAUGAGGUGCACAUUGAAUGCGUCAACCUUUGAUUUUAAAUAAACGUUUGUUAUGUAUAUUGUA